AAUGCGUUCAAAACAAACUCCGGCUAUCUUCAAUUUGCUCUGGUGGUCUCAACUUGUGUUGCCUUUACACCUUCCUUAUUUCGUCUCUACGAUAGUAACGUGAGUAAGACGUUCCGAAAGAAUUGCAUUGGGCUAUUACUUUUAAAAACCAAACCCCCCUGUCGACGACCUCUGCUUUUGGGUAUUUUUACCCCUCUGGAAUGCAAAAAUAUCUGUGUAAUUGACCCCUCUGGAAGAGACUUGAACCCCCUCUGGAAGUGCAUUUCUGCAUUUUAACCCCUCUGGAAACAGCAUUUUUCUCCUAUUUUCCCCAAAUACUCCUCUGGAAAAAAGGACUAAUUUCCCCUCUUGGAAAUUGAGGUCCUCGACAAGGGGGUUGGGUAUUAAAAGUAAUAGUCCAUUUUCUGUUGCGUGUGGCAUUGUGUUUCACUGUUCAUUUCCACACUAGGUCGGCACUGAAUGGACGUCUAUAGAUGGUUUAUAUAAAAUAUAUCUCCGCUGUUUUGGCGCUGAAUUUAAGUAAGUAACCACGAUGUAAUCACCAGGCGGGAUUCAUUGGUGAAUUUCAAUAAACAUGACAGAACAGCAGAUGGUGGUCAACAUCAGAAUUUGCCACUAAAUACAAGACUACCGGGUGUCCCAAAGAAACUGGACACUGUUUCAUUUCAUGUAACGUAAAAGCUAUAAAAGCUAUCGCAAUGAAAUAAAGGUCAUUGCAUUGAAAAAGGACUAACUUAGAUCUUGAUAUAUAGCACUUGAAUUUACAUGCAAUAUUGACUGCGCUAUUGAUGUUUGAACGUUGAACUUCUGUUCUUGAAAAUGUCAAAAAUAAAUAUUUUUAUUUUGAUUGUAUCUCGCUCAAUAUUGCAUGUAAAUUCAAGUGUUACAUAUCAAAAUGUAAGUUAGUCCUUUCUGAAAGCAAUGGUCUUUAUUUCAUUGCAAUAGCUUUUAUAGUUGUUACGUUACAUUAAAUCAAAUAGUGUUCAGUUUUUUUUUUGGACACCCGGCACUACAUAAGUGAAAAGAAUGAACAUUAUUUAUUUUUCACUCUGAAUAACUGCAGAUUGACCACCGUCUGCAGCACGAUACUAUAAUGCUUAGUCUAACCCACCAAUAUUCAUUCGUUUUGUUUUGUAGAAGUUCUUUGGUAAUUUGGAUCAGUCUGGUACAAAGUGGGACAUCAAGUUUUUGUUUUUUCUUUCUACUUUCCGUUGCUGAAAGAACCUUACGUCAGGUAAGAGAUAAGAUGAAAUAG